AUGGCCGGGCCCGCGCAGGAGAAGAACACGCUGCUGCACCUCUUCGCUGGGGGGUGCGGGGGCACAGUUGGCGCUAUUUGCACAUGCCCCUUGGAGGUCAUCAAGACGAGGCUGCAGUCUUCCAAGUUGGCGUUCCGGGCUGUCUACUACCCCCAAGUCCAGCUGGGGACCAUCAGUGGUGCCGGAGUGGUCAGGCCGACGUCGGUGUCGCCCGGACUUGUCCAGGUUCUCAAGUCCAUUUUGGAAAAAGAAGGGCCCAGGUCACUUUUCCGGGGGCUGGGACCAAAUUUGGUUGGAGUUGCGCCAUCGAGGGCAGUCUACUUUGCAUGUUACUCCAAAGCCAAGGAGUUGUUCAACAGUGUGUUCGUGCCGAACAGCAACGUUGUUCACGUCUGCGCAGCUGGUUCUGCAGCCUUUAUCACUAAUUCACUGAUGAACCCCAUCUGGAUGGUGAAAACCAGAAUGCAACUCGAGAGAAGAGUCAGAGGUUCCAAGCAGAGGAGCGCGUUGCAGUGCGCGAGGUACGUGUAUCGGAUGGAAGGGAUCCGGGGCUUCUACCGGGGGCUCACCGCCUCCUACGCCGGCAUCUCGGAGACCAUCAUCUGCUUUGCUAUUUACGAGCACCUGAAGAAGCACGUGAACAACGUCCGGCUGUCCCCUUCUCCCGCCGGCGGCUCAGAGCGGAACUCCACCAACUUCUUCGGGCUGAUGGCAGCCGCUGCCGUCUCCAAGGGUUGUGCGUCCUGCAUUGCUUACCCACAUGAGGUUAUACGGACGAGACUCCGCGAGGAAGGCACCAAAUAUAAGACGUUUGUUCAGACGGCACAGCUGGUCGCCCGGGAGGAGGGGUAUCUAGCCUUCUAUAGAGGACUCUUUGCUCAGCUCAUGCGGCAGAUCCCAAACACGGCCAUUGUCUUGUCUACCUACGAGUUGAUAGUGUACCUUUUAGAAGACCGCCUUAAAUAGCAGACGGGCGUGCAACGCAUUGCUAAA